AUAGCUGCGUGGGUCUGGCAGAGCAUCCUCCUCACAGCAUCCUCCUUAUGUAAUGCCCGAAAUGCUGUCGGAUGGAUGGGACUAAAACUGGAGGAAACCUGAGUGAAGCUGCGGAACAGCGCGGUGAUUAGGGAGGAAAACGGACCGAUUGUUAAAUCAUCAGAUUUCUCUCCAAGCAUCAGGGGCCUCCUGAAGGGGCGCAGCCUCCUGGAUCUGCACACACGCACUUCUUUUUUUCUCUCCAGAUAUAUAAUUAGCCUGCAUCAUACAUCUGCUUGGAGAAACCAAUGCAGGUUUGUUUGAGAGAAAACAGUCGAUCUUUUUCUUUGCAUUCCUCUCUGCUCAUCCAGCAGCCAGUGCGCUGUAGAAUAAAUGAUGGCGGGUCCAGAGCAGCAGCAGCAGCAGCAGCAGCAGGCAGAGCGCAUAGAUGAUGCUGAGAUGGCUCUGCAAGGCAUCAACAUGCUGCUCAACAACGGAUUUAAGGAGAGCGACGAGCUGUUCAAGAGAUACAGGACUCACAGCCCUUUGAUGAGCUUCGGAGCAAGCUUCGUCAGUUUCCUGAAUGCCAUGAUGACAUUCGAGGAGGAGAAGAUGCAGAUGGCCUGUGAUGACCUGAGGACCACUGAGAAACUCUGUGAGAGUGACAGCGCUGGAGUGUUAGAGACACUCCGAAACAAGAUAAAAAAGAGCAUGGACUCCCAAAUGUCAGGCGUUGCUGUUGUGGACCGCCUCCAGAGACAGAUCAUUGUUGCUGACUGCCAAGUGUAUCUAGCUGUUCUGUCUUUUGUCAAACAGGAGCUCUCAGCCUAUAUAAAAGGAGGCUGGAUUCUCCGUAAGGCUUGGAAGAUGUACAAUAAAUGCCACAGUGACAUCAGUCAGCUGCAGGAGACCUGUCAGCGGAGGCCCUCAGGUAACCAGCAGUCCCUCACAGCUGACAACGCCAACCACAACGUGGAGAGCGGCGUGACGGCUGAAGCCCUGGACCGACUCAAAGGCUCGGUCAGCUUCGGCUAUGGCCUAUUCCACCUGUGCAUCUCCAUGGUACCUCCACACCUGCUGAAGAUUAUCAACCUGCUGGGUUUCCCUGGUGACCGUCUCCAGGGCCUGUCCUCUCUCAUGUAUGCGAGUGAGAGUAAGGACAUGAAGGCACCGCUUGCUACGUUGGCCCUCCUGUGGUAUCACACCGUGGUGCUGCCCUUCUUUGCCCUGGAGGGCUCGGAUACUCACGCAGGGCUGCUGGAGGCCAAAGCCAUCCUGCAGAGGAAGUCGGUGGUUUACCCCAACUCAUCCCUCUUCAUGUUCUUCAAGGGACGGGUUCAAAGACUGGAGUGCCAUAUCAACAGUGCUUUGGCCUGUUUCCAUGAUGCAUUAGAGCUUGCAUCAGACCAAAGAGAGCUCCAGCAUGUGUGUCUCUAUGAGAUUGGUUGGUGUAGCAUGAUAGAGCUGAACUUCGAAGAUGCCUUCAGAGCGUUUGAGAGAUUAAAAAAUGAGUCCCGAUGGUCGCAGUGCUACUAUGCCUACCUGACUGGAGUGUGUCAGGGGGCUUCAGGGGACCUGGAUGGAGCAAACGGAGUUUUCAAAGACGUCCAGAAGCUGUUCAAGAGAAAAAACAACCAGAUAGAGCAGUUUGCAGUCAAAAGGGCAGACAGACUGAGAAAGGUCUCACCCACCAGACAGCUGUGCAUCCUGGGGGUUAUCGAAGUUCUUUAUCUGUGGAAAGCUCUUCAGAACUGCUCCUCAACUAAACUGCAGAUCAUGAAUCAGGUGCUGCAGAGUUUAGAUGAGCCUUCCUGCAGAGGCCUGAAAAAUCUCCUCCUCGGUUCGGUCCUUAAAUGCCAAGGAAACAUCAGAGAUGCUGUUCAGUCGUUCCAGCUGGCUGUGAGGGAUGAAUACGGACGACACAUCAACUCCUACAUUCAGCCGUACGCCGUCUAUGAGCUUGGGUGUAUCCUCCUUGCAAAUCCAGAGACAGUGGCAAAGGGGAGAUCGUUCCUACUUCAAGCCAAGGAGGACUUUACAGGCUAUGACUUUGAAAACCGGCUUCAUGUCCGCAUCCACUCAGCGCUGGCCUCCUUGAAGGAGGUGGUUCCUCAGUGACUCCAAGAGGGAAGACUUUAAUGUCGCACAAAGUUGUAGGCCCGUCACUGGUGAUAGCACUCUCUGUGUUUUUCUUCUAAAACGAACCGAGGACACAAUUGGCAAACGGUUGUCACAUUAGACAGUCUGAUAAUAAAGUGCUAUCUCUGUGCAUUUUGUAAAGCAGCAGAUCGAGGUGCUCGUUCUUGCACACGGGUAGACAAAGCUCAUGUUUGGUGCAGAGAUGUGUCCUGAACUCCACCAAGCCGCCCACCAGCAACUGCAUCUGGUUGCAAGUGUAAAAAAUGCCUCUGAUGCUAUAGAUGCGGUUCCAUCGCAAAGUGUGAUGUAAAUAAAAAGCUUAAAACAGGGCAACCUAACUGCAUAAAGAAGAUCAGUGCUAGCUACCUUCCUCCUCCCCCGGUUUAUCUUAGCCAGUUUGUCGCUUCCUGGACCUUUUUCUGGACUGAAUGCACAGAGAUUCAGCUGACACACAGUUUUUAUUAAAUCCACUCCUUGAUAUUCUUUCAGUGUUUUCUCUCACCGUAAUGUAUUUGCUGUCCGCUAACAUAUGUACUCAUUAACUUGUGCAUUUUAAGGACUUAAAUUCUGCUUCUAGCUUAAUAAAACAGAUUAGCACACAGUAGGACACGUUUUCUUUAUAAUGUUAUAGAAGAUGGCCCUUUUUUCCGAUUUCUUUAACGAUACAACCUUAAAAUUGACUUUAAUGGGAUUUUAUGAGUAAAUUAAACUUCCGAUGUAGAAAGAAAAAAAGAAAAAAAAAACAGAAAUAUAGGACAAGCAUGGAUCUUAUUUAUAUUCAGGCUGUAUUACCACCCCAUGCUCACUGCAAAAAGUGAUUUAAAAAUAAGUAAAAAUGAUAUAAAAUGUGUUUGUUUCUAAUUUGAGCUGCUUUUGCCUUUAAAAGAGAUGGUUAUAUAUAAUGUCCUUGAAAUAAGACAUGUCUAUCUUAUUUUAAAUGUAAGUUGCUAAUUGUUUUAAUAACCUGCUCAAAAAAUAUGGAAAACACACUUUGUUUAAGAAAAAAUUGACUUAUAUUUAAAUGUUUGCAGUGUUGCAGUUACAGUAAGAGAUCAGUUAUGAUAAGAAAAACUUUGCCCCCCCCCCACUCUACCUUUAAAAAUAGAUCAAACAGGAUGAAAAACUUAGCUUUUCAGUUUUCUUCACAUUCUUAAUCAGACUUAGGUCUGGAUUCUGACCAAAGGUAAACCUUACCCCCUUCUAUAGUGCUAAAUACAAAUAGACACCAGUUUGAAGAAAACACAAAGAGAUCCCUUCAUGUCAGGGGACCAGCCACCACCAACAUUAGCCCCUCCUCCCAUGCUCUGAUUGGCUGGAGUUACAGAAAAAGUGUUAACUUCUAUGAGGAACAAAACCCAACAACCUUGCAACUAUGUAUCAAUCUAAGAGUAAGAGUAAUUAUUCUGAACAGGAAGUGACAUAGGCAGACAUGUUUGGAGGUGAACAAGUGCCUGAAAUAGGAAAGACUUAGACUUGGAAAGACUUAGACAACUUUUAUUUUCAUUUUGUACAGCUCUCAUGAUAUUUCAGUUUCUUAAAGUGCAGCAGUGAUCAGAUGUAAACAUUGUGGGAGAAAAAGAUGGUGUAAAAAAACGCAUAGAUAGAGUCAGUUUGAUACAGAGUCUGUGACAUGAUUUAGAGGUUUUUUUCAGCAUUCAGCAGUCUGAUGGAAGUGGGGAAAAAAGCUGUUUUGGAAUCUGCUGGACCUGCAUCAGAUGCUGCAAAGUCUCUUCUCAGAGGGCAGCAGGGAGAACAGUCCAUGGUGGGGGUGUGAGGGGUUAUUUAUGAUGUUACGGGCUCGGGACACGCAGCGCUGAGAUGAAAUGUCUAUAAUGGAAGGAAGAGGAGCCCUGAUGAUGAUCUUCAUUGCUGUUCUCACCACUCUUCUCACCUUCAUCCAAUCUGCGGCGCUGCAGCC